GUGUAUGGGUUCAGGAUGAGAGCGCCCCCUGGGGAGAGUUGCGACUAGCAUUGAGAGAUACGGAGAAAGUCGGCCCGCUUGAAAUCAUUCACACAUGUUUGACGCUCCAACGUCUCUCUCUCUCUCUGAUUUCUACACUUCUUUGCGUCAUUAAAGCUAGGUGAGCAAAUUAAAAAUUCGUUUAUUUUAUCAAGAACUUAACUAACCAACUUGACAAUAGUCCAGUAUUAUGUGCACGGCGAGGAAUUCGUUGUGAGUGAAAGCUGAAACUGCGGAACGAGUUUUUACUUGUUGAAGGAUUAAUUUCAUCCAUCAUCUUCAUCUCUCUCCACUGAACUCACUCUGAUCAGGAUUAUCAAUUAUAGAGAUCAUUUAUUGUGAGAACAAUGAGUGGAAUUGCCGUCGCCCGUUUGUCGGAAGAGCGCAAGACGUGGCGAAAGGACCAUCCAUUUGGAUUCGUGGCAAGGCCUACUAAGAAAGAGGACGGUACCAUGAACCUCAUGAACUGGGAAUGCGCUAUUCCCGGAAAGAAGGGGACCCCUUGGGAUGGAGGACUGUACAAGCUAAGAAUGAUUUUUAAAGAUGAUUACCCUGCUAGCCCUCCAAAAUGUAAAUUCGAGCCUCCCCUAUUCCACCCAAACGUCUACCCAUCUGGAACUGUGUGUUUAUCACUUUUGGACGAAGAAAAAGACUGGCGGCCAGCAAUUACCAUCAAGCAGAUCUUGCUUGGCAUACAAGAUCUCUUGAAUGAGCCGAACAUUAAGGAUCCAGCCCAAGCCGAAGCUUAUACUAUUUAUUGUCAAAAUCGUCUGGAAUACGAGAAGCGUGUCCGAGCACAAGCUCGAGUAAUGACACCAGCAGAUGGGGUGAGUGUGGAGGCUUAAAUACAUCCACCCGUUCGAAAUCGGCAUUUUAUUCAUCGGUUUGAUCUAAUUUUUCAACAAACUCCACCAAGAAGUAUAAUAAUACACAAUGUGUCCCAAGGUUUUUAAGUUAUAUCUCGUGUACUGCGUAACUGUAAACUAUAGGAUUAUUUUAUAAUAAUGAAUUACCAAGUUUGAAAACUAUAAACCGAAAGGAGGAUUGUUACUUUAAUUCUCUAAGUUUAUUUUUCCAUCCCCGACAGACGGAGAUGGUAAUGGCAGAUAAAAAUUCUAGUUUCGAAAUUAUUAUUAUGCUUACAACUCCAUAAUUAUUAAUUACCUGUUUAUGUAUUUACCUACUUAUGUCUAAGCAUUGGAAUUAUUUUCUAAACCAUUAAAUUGAUCU